CAGGCGAAGGCAGAAAAGCUAAAUUAUUUCCAAAAAAUAGACAAAUGCUUUGUCAAUAAAAUAGUAUAUUGAAAGAGCUUUUAAGAUGGGUAUCUUGGAGAAGAUCUCAGAAAUUGAGAAGGAAAUCGCGCGCACGCAGAAGAACAAAGCAACUGAAUACCAUUUGGGUUUGUUGAAGGCGAAACUUGCCAAAUAUCGUUCGCAGCUGCUGGAACCAGCCAAGAAGGGCGAAAAAGGUGAAGGUUUCGAUGUGCUCAAAAGUGGUGAUGCGCGUGUUGCAUUAAUCGGUUUUCCAUCCGUGGGUAAAUCUACUUUGCUCUCUACGCUCACCAAGACCGAAUCGGAGGCGGCGAACUAUGAAUUUACGACUCUUACCUGUAUACCGGGUGUCAUCGAUUAUAAAGGUGCCAAUAUACAGUUGCUCGAUUUGCCUGGAAUUAUCGAGGGUGCUGCUCAGGGCAAAGGUCGUGGUAGGCAGGUUAUCGCCGUAGCGCGCACUGCCGAUUUAGUCAUUAUGAUGUUGGAUGCCACAAAACCGAAUGUUCAUCGUGAUUUGCUCGAACGUGAAUUGGAAUCGGUGGGCAUACGACUGAAUAAACGCAAACCAAACAUUUACUUCAAGCAGAAGAAAGGUGGUGGCCUAAGCUUUAACUCUACUUGUUCACUGUCACGCUGCAAUGAGAAAAUGGUACAAACUAUUUUACACUCAUUCAAAAUUUUCAAUGCGGAGGUACUUUUCCGUGAGGACUGCACCGAAGAUGAGUUUAUCGAUGUGGUGACGGCGAAUCGUGUGUAUUUGCCCUGCUUGUAUGUGUACAACAAAAUUGAUCAGAUUUCAAUUGAGGAGGUUGAUCGCUUGGCGCGUGAGGCUAAUUCGAUUGUGGUCAGUUGUAAUAUGAAACUCAAUUUGGACUAUCUAUUAGAGGCGUUGUGGGAGGCGUUGCAGCUGAUACGCGUUUACACGAAGAAACCUGGUGCACCUCCAGAUUUCGAUGAUGGUUUGAUUUUACGAAAGGGUGUCACCGUAGAACAUGUAUGCCAUGCUAUUCAUCGUACAUUGGCUGCUCAGUUCAAGUAUGCGCUUGUCUGGGGCACCUCUACUAAAUAUUCGCCACAACGCGUCGGUAUAUCGCAUAUUAUGGCCGACGAGGACGUAAUACAAGUUAUUAAGAAAUGAUAAAUGCCGAUGAUAUAUACUAAUUAUUGCGUUGAGAUUGUGUUAAAUGUUGCUUUCGCAUUGGCAAAUUGCAGGCCUUCCCUUAAAACCUUUAAUUACGUUUAUUAUUAAAUCAUACAAAAAUAUAUAUAAUCGAAAAAAAAAUUGUUCAAAUUCUGAGAGUAAAUUAUCUUUUAUAUGCAAUUUGAAGAAACAUUUAUCAAAGAUGGAAUGUAUUAGCUUGCUAAAUGAAAAAGAUGGUUGCUGAAUAAAAUGCUAAGCUAUAGCAGA